AAGAAAGGAACAAUGCUGAUGGAGAAAUACGAGCUGGGCCGUUUGCUCGGCCAAGGCACAUUUGCCAAAGUCUACCACGCCAGAAACAUCAAAACCAACCAGAGCGUCGCCAUUAAAGUCAUCAACAAGCAGAAAAUUCUUCGCAUCGGCUUGAUCGACCAAAUCAAGCGUGAGAUCUCCGGCAUGCACCUUGUAAGGCACCCAAACGUUGUUCAGCUCUAUGAAGUUAUGGCGAGCAAAAACAAGAUUUACUUCGCCAUGGAGUACGUCAAAGGCGGCGAGCUCUUCGCCAAAGUCGCCAAAGGGAAAUUGAAGGAGGAUUUGGCGCGAAAGUAUUUCCAGCAGCUAAUCGGUGCGGUUGAUUUCUGCCAUAGCCGAGGGGUUUAUCACCGAGAUCUGAAGCCGGAGAAUCUGCUUCUGGACGAAAAUGGGGAUCUGAAGAUUUCGGAUUUUGGGUUGAGUGCUUUGUAUGAACCCAGAAAGAACGAUGGUCUUCUCUAUACAACUUGUGGAACACCAGCUUAUGUAGCCCCUGAAGUGCUUAACAAGAAAGGCUAUGAUGGAGCCAAAGCUGAUAUAUGGUCUUGUGGGGUUAUUCUGUUUGUUCUUCUUGCAGGCUUUCUUCCAUUUCAGGAUAAGAAUCUGAUUGAAAUGUAUAGGAAGAUUUGUACUGCAGAAUUCAAGUGUCCUAAAUGGUUCUCACAUCAAACCACAAGACUUAUCACCAGAAUUCUGGAUCCAAAUCCAAGAACAAGGGUAAGUAUUGCUAAGAUUAUGGAAAAUGGCUGGUUUAAAAUUGGGUAUCAGCAGAUUGAACCACCCAAAUCACCAGUUUCCAAUCCUACGAGUGAUGUUCAGGCUCUUUUUGAUUCUCCAUCAUCAUCAAGUCCAGAGGAAAAAACCAAAGAAACCCCAGUGAAAGUGAAACCAUCUGCCUUCAAUGCCUUCGAUUUAAUAUCCCUAUCGUCAGGAUUUGAUCUCUCUGGUUUGUUUGAGGAAGAUACGUGUCGGAGACAACAUGCUAGAUUCACCACCACGAAGCCCGCCUCAACAAUUGUUUCAAAACUGGAAGAAAUAGCACAAGCAGAGAGAAAAUUCAAUGUUGUGAAGAAAGACGGAUUAGUGAGGUUGGAGGGAAGCAAGAGUGGUCGGAAGGGACAACUUGGUAUUGAUGCAGAGAUUUUUGAGGUGACAUCAACGUUUCAUGUCGUGGAGGUGAAGAAAACUGCCGGCGAUACGUUUGAGUAUAUCCAAUUUAGGGAUCAGAACUUGAAGCCUUCAUUGAAGGAUAUAGUGUGGGCUUGGCAAGGAAGUGAACAGUAGCAGCAAUACUUGGCACCAAUAUAUACCAGAAGAUAUGGUUUAUAUUUUUAAUUUGCUUGCGGGAUGUGUAAUUUCAACCCUUCUGUUUCUGUUUUUGUUUUGUUCAGAUAUAUGGUCUUCCACCCUGCAGAAUCACUUGCUGCAAAGUAGUGAAGGUUGUCUCUAUUGUACGUCUGGUUCUUCUUUUCUUGCGCCCAGGUUGUGUAUAAUAAUAUUGUACAGAACUGUAACUGUAGAGUUCAAAUUUUCUGCCUCUAAAGACGGUUAUCUUGCUA